AUGGCCCUCGCAAAUCAACAGCAGACUCAGGCCAACUGGAGCCGUUGGACUCAGCAGAUCCCACAAACCUUCCCCAUGAUGAGCUCUUCUGAAUUCAUGCCGUUUGAUCCCAGAGUCCAAGCUGGCAGCCAGAUGCAACGCCAGAUAUCCACCCAGUACCUGAUGGACUCCAACUAUAAUCAGCCCCCCAUGUCGACAGUCUCGUCUCCUCAGUACCAACAUCCGGGCACAUUUUCCUACAUGGCAUAUCAGAGUCCGCCGCCAUCAACCCCGCUUGGUUCUCCGUUCAAGACUGAAUUUGCCGAACACUCUCAUGCGCGUAUGGCCAACUCUAUGGUCGAUCGACGCCAUUCCCAGCCCAUGAGAGGUUACCAACCCUAUUCUCCUAUCUCAAGGAGAGGGUCGAUUUCUUCUGUUGCUACCAAAUCCUCCGCCGGCCCUAGCACUCCCGGCUCUGUCGCUUCGAGUCUCGUCUCUCUGGGCCCCGUUACUCCAACCCCUUUGGUUGCGAGUCAGGUCACCAACUCCAAGACUCUUAUUUAUAACGAGACACUUCAUCCGGGCGACAGCAUCAACUUCAAAACUGACGUCGACGAGCUCAUGAAAGCCAUUCAGAAGACACAUACGACCGAAGAGCAUCAACAAGCCCCCACGCCUGUGCAGACACCGAGAGCUUGUGUAUCAGAUGCACCCGUACUUCUCACCCAAAAUGGAAAGCCUAGAAAGCAGUGGGUGUGCGAUGGCCCCAACUGUGGCAAAUCCUUUGUUCAGAAAACCCACCGGGAUAUUCAUAUACGCACCCACACAGGCCAAAGACCAUAUGUCUGUGACAAGGAAAACUGCGGCCUUACGUUUUCGCAGCGCGGGAAUCUCAAGACUCAUAUCCGCCGCCAUACGGGCGAAAAGCCGUUCUCUUGCAGUGUAUGCGGCAAGACCUUUGCUCAGCGAGGAAAUCUUCGCUCUCACGAAGAGACUCAUAAAGGUCUCAAGCCGUUUGUCUGCCGGCUUGACGAUUGUAACAAAUCAUUUUCCCAGCUGGGCAACAUGAAGACACACCAGAACAAUUUUCACAAGCCGACGCUACAAAAGCUCACCCAGAUGUUUGUGCAAUUCUCCGAGCAUGGCGAAGUGCCUGAAAACUACCACGACCUUUUCGAAUAUUUCCAGAAACACUACAAGAACAGCAACAAGGGGAUCAAAGGCCGAGGCAAGACUCGUGCUGUGGCAGCUCGCGGGCGUCAAGAUGCUGCCUCUCGAAAUGCCAAGUCUACUGUAACUGCCCAACUCAAGGCUCCUGCCACCACCCAGCUGCCUCAGAUGGCUAUGCCAGCCCAAAGCCAAGAAAUCUCUCAAGGCAGACCUCCACCAUACGCCACACCUCAGGUGCCCGCCAAUAGCUUGAGCAACGUGUUGCGUAACCCCAAUCCUUCUUUUGGUCACUAUGGACCACCGUCGCCUCCGACUAUGUAUGAGAUGGGUCUCUCCAAAUGGGGAUCCCAACACGGCUAUUCUAAGAAUCAUUAA